AUGGCUUCCGAAUACAGGAUACACAAACCAUACAUUCUGGCGCAUUUGCCGAAGCCUUUGGACCAUACCAAGGGAAAUAUCGUAGCCAGAGAAGUGUACGGCCAGCGCGAUGGCCAGAAGAAGAGAAAGCGAACCGAGCUUGUUGUUGGCGUUGACGGCGAGACCACAAGCAUCUACGAUGUUCCUGCUUCAAGACUCGUCACAUCUUAUCCAAUCCCGCCGCAAGAAUCGUUUACCUGCCCCCCAUACUCUGUACGAGUCCGUCGAAACAACACCACCGAUGCCUUGCGAUACACAUUCAUAGCCACCGCCGACAACGGGGCUCACAAAAUCACUCUAUUCAAGGACGUAGCCCAUCGUGACGGGAAAACGACAUCGAACAGCAUCUCGCAAGUUUUGCAGACCUCUGCUGUCAAGUACAUCACUUGCUCUUCACCCUCGAGUCAAUCCGCAAACAUUGGGGAUAUAAUCGCUGUCUGCGAAGACGGAGAGGUUGUUUGCUUGUCUGGGGAAUCCCUGGCUAUACAAUGGUUCUCCUCUUCCAAGGCAAUGCUUCAAGAUUCAGUGGCUACAGCCAUUUCCGAGUUCCAUAUCGAAUAUGCACUUUCAGGAAGCACUGCCGAGUUCAACGAAGGGUUGUUCAAGAAUCGACCUGAAGUCUUCAGCGCUCUGCCCAAGUCUACUGGUUCUCAAGUGGAGCUUGUUGUUCUGAUCUCCAAGAGCUUGAGCCAAAACGUGGAGAACCGGCAUUUGAUCGUGCUGGCAGCCGUAUCUGGAAGCUCUUCAGCAUCGGCCGACGUGCAGCAUCUCGUUCCCCUCGACAUUAUGCCAAUCACUUCAAUCGCGAGCCAGGACAAUGACGAAUCUCCCAUCUACCAGGUUGAUGUACAGUCGGGCCUCUUGCUUCAGCUUCAGCAGGGAGCUAUUGGUGUCUACGACUUGACGGGUGCCGUGCCCAAGCUCAAGUCGUCGAUUGAGGCAGAGAAUGCGCAAACCUUUGUCCGGCUUUUCAAGCCCUUCAUUCUCGCCUCGUCACUAAACUCCAUUGGUCUUUACAACUACCAGUAUCGAUCCAUCCACUCCAAGGCUUCUCUGGACUGGUCUGAAAUUCCAACUGAUGGCGAAACACCUCGAUCUUGUCAGCUGAUCAGCUACCUGCGAAGCCAAGAUACAGUCGUUGCCCUGGUAGAGAACAUUCUUGUGACCAUUCAAGUCGAGCCGCCAAAGAACCCUGGCAAACGGCGAAAGGAAGGUCUCCUGAUUGACUCUAUUGGGCGAGGCACUGGUCUUGAAGUGCCAUUCAAGAAGAUGAGAUGCGAGGCGUCAUCUGAGUUCAACAAAUUGGUUCCAGGAACGCUUACAAGCGAUUAUCUCGUCCAGUUUCAAGCCGAAACAGAAGCAGCCGAUAGGUUACUCGCGAAUAACGACCUAAACAAGUGGGAAGACGUCUUGCGCCGCAAGUUCAACGUGCCCAAGAAGAGCACAGGGCUGCCGAACGGCGACAAUAAGACUCUGGAAGGUUCCGAUGUGCAAGAGCUGCCAGAGUGGGAGUGGCUGUCUGGAUUGUCUUACCCUGCGGUGGAUCGCAGAUGGAUCAUUUACGCCAUCACUCAAGUAUUUUCAGUUGACGUGAAGGAGGUUGGUGAAUCUACACGGCCAGAGCUGCGUCUCGUAUUGCCCGAGAGCAAUGUGACAACCUACCUUGUGGUCGCGGGCCAUCUCACUCUAUCCAACCUAAGAACGGCCUUCCGAGAUGAACUCGCACCCGAGGCAUCAGACAACCGCGCCGUUGCUGGAGACUUGAUCCGGAGCCUUGCGGAUGCUGAUCUCUCACUGACCCUGUUGCUAAACUACCUGCAAGCAACCAAGCUGGGCGAGGUUGAACUUUUACUCGCCAUUAGAUCCCUAAUGCUCAGCAUGGACUUGAUUCCCGAGGGAAAAAUGGACGCCACCAAACUUUUGACAAGCGAGCCCCAUGCCGACAACAGCAACAAGGACGACGAUAUUGAAAUGGACCUGGAUGAUUUGGAGCGAAAGAUUGCUGUCACAGAGCAUUAUCUGGGCGAUGACUCUAGUAGCCGCUCGCGUGGAUUGACUCUAGCAUUCACUAAGCUCUGGCGGCUGCCUGCGGUCUCCACGGUCAAGGCUCUCCGAACAACAGUAUCAACGGAGGACAUUAUGUCACUCAUCUACCUGCUACGAGUGGAAUUACUCCGCGGAGCUUGGACUUCUCUAUACAUUGAUCCUACCAGCUUUGAUUCGGAGGGCAACGAGCCUCCCCCAGAUGGCGUCAUUGCCCUAAUUGCAGACCUCUUGGGUCGAUGCCUGGACGCAGUUGGAGCUGGUGGAUGGCUAUUUAACGAUGCCAUCUCGUGGGCUGACAAGGCCGAAGCCAGCGACUUCCUGACAGCCCUUCGACUCGAAGUUACAGCUGCGCUAGAAGGCAUUGAAGAAGCCGUCUUCUUGAAUGGUAUCCUCGGUGAGACUGUGCGAUUCGGAAACGCAGCCCAAAAGGGUGGCGCAGCCAGAGCAUCACAAAACAAGUCGAUCCUUUUCCAGGUAGAGAACCGGGAAACCAAACUACUGCCGCUUGGCUUGAAGACAAAGUCGCUGCCUACCAGGGAGAAGGUGGUGUCGGGAGGUGAAGUGAUGCAGAGGAGCGUUCGAGAGAUGGGACACCUGAUCAGUCAAAAGGUGGAGGCGUACUCUUUGGAGAAGCUCUCCAUUUGA